AUGCCCACGAUCUCGCCAACGACUGUCAGCUGCCCGGCGUCCAACGGUACAACAUACAGUGCCCAGACAGUGCAGAACGCAGAAUUCUUCCUUGAGUGUGGUGUGGACUACAGCGGGUACAAUAUCGAUUUCCCGCAAGGGUUCCAGAUUUCAAAACGCGCGCCCAUCCACGGAGUGAGCUUCUUCGAUUGCGUCGAGUUCUGCGCGCGUCUCUGCGACUGUGUCGACAUCAGCUACUCGCUCUCGACCAACACCUGCCAGCCGAAGAGUGGACUAGGAGAUAGAGUUCAGAGUUCCAACGACAUCAUCAACGCUCGCCGGACCCUACCCGGUUGCGUUCCGAACAGCUCUUCCGGCAGCAGCUCUACCAGCGCCGGCCCAGCCACGGUCUCCCCAUCAUCUAGCGGAACCGUCAGUAGCUCUACAAACACCGGCUCGACCUUAUCAUCCAGCGGAACUGGCAGUAGCUCUGGAAUUCCGGUUACCUCUUCAUCAUCAUUUAGCGGAAGCUCUACGAAUAGCGGCUCAAGCACCGUCUCAAUCCAGUCAUCCAGCGGAACCGGUAGCAGCUCUGGUAGCCCCAGUCCGACUAGCUCUUCUCCAUCUUCUAGCGGAACUGGCAGCAGUUCAACGAAUAGUGGCUCGACCGUCUCCUCAUCGUCCAGCGUACAAAGCACGCCGUCUGUAACGACCAGCGGUUCGAGCACGAUGGUCACUGUAACGACGACGCAGGUGCAGACAAAUACGCUGACGCUGUCGAACGGCGGUACCACAAUCAUCACGACACAAGUCGUGACCGUGUGCUUCACGGGCUCGGUAGUCAGCUCGUCGACGUAUUGGACCACCAGCACGCCGUCGCCGCUGCCCACGUUGCCGACCACGUCGUCUCAGUCGGUUUGCAACACGAACCCGAUCACCAAGAUUAUCCCCGUCUGGCCCAGUCAGACGCUGUCGACUUCGGGCACUGCGCCUUCGGUGGUGAGGCGAUUUAUAACGUUAGUGGCGGAGGGGUUGUAG